AUGAGGGGGACAGUGCUGGCGCUGGCCCUGCUCUCGCUGCUAGUGCUGGCCAGGGAAGGCCAAGGGGAAGGGACCGCAGUGAGGCUCUGUGGGAGGGACUUUGUGAGGGCCAUCGUCUUCACUUGCGGUGGCUCCCGCUGGAAACGGCACCUGCUCGAUGAUCGCUACCUGCUCGAUGAUCAGAGUGAAAAUCACCUGCCUUUCUCACAAGAGAACAGCAAUGCUGACUCUGCCAUGGACACAGACCAGCGGCUGGGGACCAACAGCCAAGAAAUCCAUAUUGUCAGGCUCGGGACAGAGCGAAACUCACAAGGCACCCGGAAAACUUCGAUGCUAAAAAGGCGCGAAGCAGCCAAGCUGCUGACCACAUCCUGCUGCAGCGUUGGCUGCACCGAGAGAGAGAUCAGUUCCCUCUUGUGA